AUGGCGUCCGCCACCGCCGAGAUCAAAGCCCAGGGCGCCGUUGAGAUGGCAAACGAUCCCAACACCUCCGUGACCGCUGAAGAUGCGCAGAAGAAGCUGGUGGAUGAGAGUCGAAGGGCUGGUGUCGCAGCUUUCACCUUUGAUCCGGACGCCAGUCCGGAGGAGAAAGCUGCCCAAGCUCGAGCGCGCGUGCCAGAAGGAUUCCAUCACGAGCACAAGUCGAAGGCCGUCGCUAUUGCUACAGAUCUCGACGAUGGCCAGCCGGGAGCGUAUGACCUUCCUUCGCCCACCACGGCUGGAGCUUUGGCUGCUGCCGCGCCGGGCAAGGACGAGACUGGGAAAUCAGUUACAGAUGCAGAUGACAAUGAGCGUUGGGUCGAGCGGACUGGUUGGGCGCCGAGAUUUGGUAACGGGGUUUUGGACGAGCCAACUGAAGGCGAGACCUUAGCAGACCACCAAACUUGGGUUGAGAGCAAGCUGGAUGAUAAGUUCUUUGGAGACUGGUACCAUAACACGGCGGUCAUCGUAUUUGCCUGCCUUGCCUCAUGGGUAGUGGCCACCUUAGGUGGUGGACUUGCCUGGGUCUUCAUAAUCAUGGCUAUUUGUGCCACAUAUUACCGAACCUCAAUCCGAAGGGUGCGACGGAAUUUUCGAGACGAUGUUCACAGAGAACUUGCCAUGCACAAGAUCGAGACAGACACGGAAAGUUUGGAGUGGAUCAAUAGCUUCAUGGCCAAAUUCUGGCCAAUCUUCCAGCCAGUCCUUGCGGAAACGGUUAUUAACUCUGUCGACCAGGUCUUGAGUACCUCGACUCCGGCUUUCUUAGACAGUCUCCGCAUGAAGACGUUCACGCUGGGCAGCAAGCCUCCGCGCAUGGAACAUGUUAAAACCUAUCCCAAAGCUGAUGAUGACAUUGUGCUUAUGGACUGGAAAUUUAGUUUCACGCCGAAUGAUCACGCAGACAUGACCGCCCGCCAGAUCAAGAACAAGGUGAACCCGAAGGUUGUGCUCGAAAUCAGAAUUGGCAAGGCAAUGAUCAGCAAGGGUCUCGACGUAAUUGUGGAGGACAUGGCUUUCUCUGGGCUCAUGCGCGUCAAGAUUAAGCUCCAAAUUCCUUUCCCUCAUGUUGAGAAGAUUGAGGUUUGCUUUCUGGAGCGUCCAACUAUCGAUUAUGUCUGUAAACCUAUUGGGGGUGAAACCCUGGGUUUCGACAUCAACUUCAUCCCUGGACUGGAAUCAUUCAUCUUGGAGCAAAUUCAUGCGAAUAUCGGCCCGAUCAUGUAUGCUCCGAAUGUCUUCCCUAUUGAAGUGGCCAAGAUGCUUUCCGGAUCUGCGGUCGACCAGGCCAUCGGUGUUCUGGCAGUUACUAUUCACGGGGCUCAGGGUUUAAAGAAUCCUGAUAAGUUUUCUGGAACACCUGACCCGUAUGCUGUUGUCUCGUUCAACAAUGGGGCAGAGCUGGCACAAACAAAGGUUAUCAAGGAAAACGCUAAUCCAAAAUGGAACGAGACAAAAUUCGUUAUUGUCACUUCGUUCAAUGACACCCUCACCUUGCAGAUAUUCGAUUACAACGAAUACAGAAAGGAUAAGGAGUUGGGCACUGCGAGCUUCCCUCUGGAAAGGGUUGAAGAAAUUACCGACUAUGAGAACGAACAACUUGAAAUAGUUUCCAAUGGCAAACCUCGUGGAGCUGUAGUUGCGGACAUUAGAUUUUUCCCGGUUCUUGAAGGGCGAGAGCUCGCUGACGGCAAGAAAGAGCCACCACCAGAAUCGAACACCGGUAUUGCUCGCUUCACAGUCGAACAGGCCAAGGAUCUCGAUGGUACAAAGAGUCUUAUCGGGCAGCUAAACCCAUAUGCGGUAUUACUUCUCAAUAACAAGGAGAUUCAUACCACGAGGAAGUUGAAGCGAACAAACAAUCCUAUCUGGGACAAUGGAUCCAAAGAAGUUCUCAUCACUGACCGAAAGUCGGCGAAGCUUGGACUGGUAAUCAAGGAUGACCGGGAUCUGGGUACAAAUCCUAUACUAGGUUCAUAUCAGAUCAAACUCGACGACAUGCUGCAGUUGAUGGAAAAGGGUCAAGAGUGGUAUAACCUUGCCGGCGCCAAAACUGGUCGCGCUAAAAUGACCUUGCAGUGGAAGCCGGUCGCACUGUCGGGUGUUGGUAGCGGUACUGGCGGGUAUGUCACGCCAAUCGGUGUCAUGAGAUUCCAUUUCAAGAAUGCUCGAGAUCUGCGCAACCUAGAAACUCUAGGCAAGUCGGAUCCAUAUGUUCGAGUACUUCUCUCCGGCGUAGAGAAGGGCCGUACUGUCACCUUCCAGAGCAACCUUGAUCCGGACUGGGAUGAAGUCAUCUAUGUGCCAGUACACAGCGUUCGAGAGAGGUUGGUACUCGAGGUCAUGGAUCAGGAGACGAUCAAUGCCGAUCGCAGUCUGGGGCUGGUAGAGGUUCAAGCCUCGGAUUACAUUUCCCAGGACGAAAAUGGCGAGUUCCUCGUGAAUGACGCCAAGGUUCCUCACGCGGCUCUUCUGCGUAUGCAUGGGAAGGGCUCACCGAGAGGUACCCUGAACUAUACAGCGGCAUUCUACCCUUGCCUGAACAUUGCCGAUCCAGAGGAUGAAGAGGAGAAGAAAUCGUUGGAAGCAGGUCGCAAAUCCGCCGACGACAACAGUCGCAAAUCCGCCGACAACGGUGAGCCAGCAGACGGGAAAGAUGCGGUAGCCACAACGAAUGGAAAAGUAGGGGACGACAGCACCGAGGUCGCUACUGCUGAGCAACAAGAGGAGACACCAAAAGAGAAGACACCUCCAAAGAUUCGGCUCACUCCCGAAGAGCUGGUCAAGUACGGGUCAGGUCUCAUCAUUUUCAAGAUUCUUGAUUGCGAGCUUACGCGCAGCAAUGUCCAUAUCGAAGUACUCAUGGAUGACAUGGCCUUCCCAUCUUACACAUCCUCAAUGGUGAGGUCCAAGAGGAUGGAGCUUGAUGAAAUCGGAGAUUGCUUCGUCCGAGAGCUUGAUUUCUCAAAGAUUACUCUUCGUAUUCGAGAAAAGGGGGAGAGCAAGGGUGACGAGAAGAAAGACAAUACCAUCGCCCGACUCACAGGAAACACGCUUGACACGCUCAAGCAAUGUCUUAACAACCCAACUAUCCUCAGGCUCAAGGAUGAGCAGGGCCAGACAAGCAGCAUCAAGGUCAGUUUGAAGUACAUUCCUGUCAAGAUGGACCUAGACCCAAGCGAGAGCAUCAACAACAUGGGCAAGCUCCGAGUUGACGUCCUCGACGCUACGGACCUCCCAUCAGCCGACAGAAAUGGGUACAGUGACCCCUACUGCAAGUUUGAUCUCAAUGGGCAUACGGUCUUCAAGACCAAGGUGCAAAAGAAGACAUUACACCCAGCCUGGAACGAAUUCUUCGAGGUUCCUAUCCCUUCGAGGACAGCCGCCAAGUUUACUUGCAACGUGUAUGACUGGGACUUUGGUGAAAAGGCAGAUUUCUUGGGGGGAGCAGACAUCAAUCUUGAAUCACUUGAUCCAUUCAAGGCACAGGAGUGCACUCUCAAGCUCGAUGGAAAGUCGGGAUCUGUUAGAUUGCGCCUCCUUUUCCGGCCAGAUUAUGUCACUCGUUCUCGACAGGGGUCGUCAACCUUCUCAGGCACGUUUGCCACCCCAGGAAAGAUUGUCACUGGUGUGGCUGGAGCACCUAUCAAAGGAGUCGGUGCGGCGGCACAUGGUAUCGGUAUAGGCGCGUCAUUUAUUCGACAUGGGUUUAAGAGCAAGAAGAACGAUGGCACCAACGGAUCAGGUACUGUCGACGCCGAGGGUCUCGAGGCAGCCAAUAGUGAUAGCGCCAGUUCACUCCAACGCUCUGGUGGGUUAUCCAUACCGCAGACAGAAAGCACGCUUCCUACCACACCUGUCACCCCUCCAGGAGGCACCAUUGGCUCCUCUCCACAUAGUCGGACGAAAAGUUUCGGCGGUUCCUCAGUACACAGCACAGCCGUGGGCACGCUCGCUCCUCCAACGGGCACUGCGCACUUCACCAUCAUCUCUGCGACGGGCUACCCUCCAUCAUCCAGCGUCAUGGUCUACGUAAAGCAAUUAGGACCAAAGCCGAAAGUCAUCCACAAGACUGAUCAUAUCAAGUCCUCGUCUGGAACGGUGAGCUUCGCCGAUAAGAAGGAGAACUUCAAGUGCGCAUGUUCAGCAGACACGCAAUUCCAGAUCCAAGUCAAGGGCCACAAUACAUUUGGAAGUGAUGAUGACCUUGGAGAGGCCUUGUUCUUCGUUGAUGAGUCUGGAACUGGUCAGGAGAAGGUUGUCAAAGCUGGUAGUGGGCAAGUCGUCGUGAAGAGUAACUUCGUUUACUCAGAGCAAAAUGGGAUGGCCGAUAGCCCGAAAGGCAGUGGUAUGUUGCGACGAAGUCUCCUGACGAAGAGGGAGAACGGGCGAACCAGUCGGGAUACUACCCCAACACCCCAGUAA